CAAGCUCUUUGUGUUCGCGCUGGCCCUUGUGAUGUCAGAGUGCUGCGCACGAUGCCUUGCAGUGCCUUCUUUGAGAUAUCUAAACCUUGCGGUUGAGCAGCUGAGCAGCGAUGGAUGUCGUCAUAUUCUUCAAAAGUCUGCCCUCCAUAUGUUAGAUUCCACGAUGUCUCUUUCAAAUCCCCGGAAUAUUGACAAAGCUUGGAGCGCGAAGCUUUCAACCGCUAAUUAUUCGAUAUCCACUCCUCCCAAGCCAGUACUUGGAGGACCCACUUGCUCCGCGGAGUUCUGAAUAUCCAUAAGGGCUUUGUGUAGUCGCUUCCAUCCUACCGUCAGUGUCUUCUUACCCAGGCCUCGCAUAACUGCCAAGAAUGUCGAACCAAGGAUUGGCACAUUCAUCAGAGCCCACAACUCCACGGUCAUCCAAAGAAGAGACGGAAACUGAGGCAUGGAUACCGACGCAUGGAAGCGGGCUUGUAACCGGAGAAACACUGGCACCAGCGGCCACAAAUAAGACCAUCCAGUUUACACCAAACGAUCCAGAGAACCCUUUCAAUUGGCCUGCGGCGAAGAAAUAUCGGGCCUGUAUUCUUGCUUGCGCUAUGACUUUCAUUGUCCAGAUCAACGGGACAAUGAUGACCAGCGCCGCUGAACAGAUCAAUGAAAGCUUCCACGUCAGUGACGAGGUUUUCCCACACUCAUACUGGCCUGUGUUGAGUUGGAACCUGGGUGGUGCCGCUGCGCCCCUUGUGGGUUUGCCCCUGAUGGAAAACUUUGGCGUACGGUACACGUAUCUGGGGAUCUAUGCUAUACUGAUCAUCUUCAUCAUACCGCAAGCUGUAGCUCAGAGUUUUGCCACUCUGAUUGUUGUUCGUAUCAUCACAGGAUCGUGCACAGCAACAUUAGCGAACAUUACUUCCGGCAUUGUCAGCGAUGUAUGGUAUGCUGGUCUCACAAAGAGUUUCUUCACAUCAAUGUACAUCUUUGCGCUCCUGUCCGGGCUAAGCAUGGGCCCCGUUUUCGGUAGUUUGGUCGUUCAGUACACUACCUGGCGUUGGAUCUUCAUCGGCCAGAUCAUCAUUUACUCUGCUCUACUCCCAAUUAUUUUUUUAUGCCUCCCUGAGGUCCGUCCUGACGUUAUUCUGCACCAACGUGCUUCCAAGAUCCGGCGCGAAACUGGUCUCGCCGUCCGUACCGCGCAAGAGAAGACGAAGACCAGUGUUUCUGAAAUUCUCACUGAGACUCUCAUUCGUCCCACACGGCUCUUGUUCACCGAAGGCGUGCUCAUCAGUUUGGGCAUGUGGUCAGCCUUUGUCAUCGGGAUCGCAUUCAUGUUCACGCAGAGCAUCAUGCAAGUCUAUUCAGGCCUGUAUGGGUGGACAUUUUUCGGAACAGGGAUGGUGCAGAGCGCAAUCGUGGUCGGAGAGCUGGCAGGUGUGUUCGCACAGUUAAUGCAGGACAGGGUUUACUUCGCCUCUGCGAAACGGAACACCGAGAAUCCUGGUCACCCACUUCCGGAAGCAAGGCUGUAUCUCAGUAUCCCGGCAUCAUUUAUUGGACUUACUGGGGGCUUGUUCUUUUUCGCUUGGACCAGCUUCUCGACCAUACCAUGGAUCGUGCCUUCGAUCGCGCUAGGCUUUGUUGGAUUCGGCAUGUUCCUAUGUACCACUGCUUUGACGACAUACAUUGUCGAUGCGUACGCAAAGUAUGCUGCUAGCGCAGUUGCUGGCGUGGCUUUUCUAGAGAACUUCAUGGCCGCGUUCUUGCCACUAGCUACGCAGAGUAUGUAUCGAUCACUUGGCUUCAAUUGGGCGAGCAGUCUUCUAGGCUUUAUUGCAUUGAUACUUAGCUGUAUACCUGUGGUCUUGAUCAGGUACGGGAGAAAGCUCAGGGAAAAAAGUCCUUUCAUGGAGGUAGCUGGUCACAAUAAAGACUGAUCAUGGAUUUCACUACGUGACUAUGACUAGUAGAUCGAGAAAUGGGGAUACUAGUAACGCGUGAUCAUGGCGAUUGAUUGAACGAACUUUGAUCACCAGCAGUAGGAAAGAUUUAAGGUAUACAGGAAAGCAAAACAUGUCUUUGAAGACAAGUGCCCUGCUGUUGUUUCCAAGUUCCUUACUCCAAUCGUUCCAUGAUGGUCACUCGGGUUGGCAAAGCUGUAGAUUGUUCACUCACAUCGUCACCAUGUCUACCGCCUUGCGGGCGAUAACGUGCGGAGUAGUUCAAAUGUAAUCGCUACUGAUU